AUGUUGAUGGAAGCUAUGACUGCUCAGCUUAAUAAGACUAUGUUGGAAAGCAUGAAUGAGAUGAUGAAACACAACAUGGAAGAGAUCAGAAGGGAGAUUAGACAAGCUACUGGUCAAGGUCACAGUAAUGAGAGUAGGAGGAACCGUCACACUCAUACUCCGCAAGAGCAUGGUGGUUCACAAGAGACUGAUAACUACUAUGAGCGCCACCGAAGUGAGAGGAGUGGUUCUUCCUCAGCAUCACGAGUGGACCCUGAUGCGUAUCUUGAAUGGGAGAAGAAGAUCGAGAUUGUAUUCAACUGCAAGCACUACACCAAUAUUCAGAGGAUUCAAUUUGCUGCAACUGAGUUUGUGCCUAACCACUACCACAGAGAUCUUCAUCAGAAAUUGAGGAAACUUACACAAGGAACCAAGACUGUGGAAGAGUACUACCAGGAGAUGGAGUUGCUGAUGUUGAGAGCUGGUAUAUCUGAGGAUAGAGAAGCUUCUAUGGCCCGAUUUCUUGGAGGACUUAACCGCGAGAUUCAAGACAAUUACACUAAAGAAGAGAAACCAUCCCAUAUGAGAGAUAACAAGCCUCAGCCGAAAGAAGAAUCCAAGUCUAGCAUCCCAUACAGCAAAGAGAAAAGCAAGGCGGAAGCUACAAGUUCUAGAACUAGAGAUGUGAAGUGUUUCAAGUGUCAAGGCAGAGGACACUAUGCCAAUGAAUGCACCAACAAGAAAGUGAUGAUUCUACUUGAGAAUGGAGAGUAUGAAUCAGAAGAAGAGCACUCCGGGUCUGAUCAAGACAGGUCUGAUGAAGGUAGUGAAGUAGAACCAGUGAAAGGAAGAUUGUUGGUGACAAGAAGACUUUUGAACUUGCAAACUAAGGCUGAAGAGACUGAGCAGCGUGAGAACCUCUUCUACACUAGGUGUAUGGUUCAGGGUAAGGUGUGCAGCCUUAUUAUUGAUGGUGGGAGCUGUGUCAAUGUAGCUAGUGAGACCAUGGUGAAGAAAUUGGGUUUGAAAGUUCAGAAACAUCCUAGACCUUACCGGCUGCAAUGGCUCAAUGAAGAAGGUGAGAUGAGAGUCUCCAAUCAAGUGCUGAUCCCUAUAGCCAUUGGUAGAUAUGAAGAUGAGAUCUUGUGUGAUGUUUUACCAAUGGAAGCUAGCCAUAUCCUUCUUGGUAGACCUUGGCAGUUUGAUAGGCGAGUGGUUCAUGAUGGUUUCAGUAACAAGCACUCUUUUGAGUUUAAUGGAAAGAAGACAGUGCUGGUACCUUUGUCACCUAAAGAAGUUCAAGCAGAUCAACUCCAACUUCAGAAAAAGAAAGAGAUCGACCUGAAGCCUGAUCAGAAACAUCACAGCCUCUAUACCAAACAGGGAGAUAUCAAAAGAAUUCUUUACUCUCAAUCCUCUAUUAAGACAACCCCACAGGAUUGCCACCAGUGCGCGGGAUAG